UUGACUCAGGCCUAACUAACACCCUGACUAGGUACAGGGCAUGAACUGAGUGUGCUGGGCCAGAGAGUGGCCCACGAGGGGAGCUGAUCAAAGCUCAAGUCCUCAGGAAGGAGAAAGAUACCACCUGUGGGUGAGGGGGUCUCACCCACUCAAGUCUCACCCGGCUCAAGUCUCAGCAAGCAGGAGUGUGAAGAGCUUGGUUCUGAGCAGUGCCAGGAAGACCUGGGGGCGCAGAAGCAGCAGGGCCAGCCCGGCCCAUGUCCUGCCCCAGUCCUGGAAGGACAGAAGGAACAAGGCCUAUACCCCUUUGGAUGAAGUGCCAUGGCCAGACUCUCCCUGAGCCUGCUGCUCCUGGUGGCCACCGUGACCCUUGUGUCCAGAGGUGUCCACACCUGGGGCAGGUCAAAGGUGGUGAGGAAGUUCCAAGACAUCCCGGAAACUUACGUCUAUGUGCAGCAGGCACUGUGGUUUGCCAUGAAAAACUAUAACAAGGCCAGCAAAGACAAGUACACUUUCAAGGUGGUAAAGGUCCUUAAAUCCCAGGAGCAGGUCACAGAGAGUUUGGACUACUUUCUUGAAGUCAAAAUUGCCCGAACAAUGUGCAAGAAAAUUUCAGGAGAAAAUGAAAACUGCUUAUUACAACAGGAUCCUCAAAUGCAAAAGAUGUUUCUUUGCACCUUUAUUGUUGCAACCAAACCUUGGAAAUUUGAGUUCACUAUGCUGAAGAAACAAUGCAUAGAGGUUUAAUUAUCAUCUAGCAUA